AGGUUUUCUGUGUAGAAAAGCAGCAGGUACUCCACAUCCCUGUCAUAUUGUGUGUGCCUGGCAGCCAGCACUGACUCCAGAGAGGAGGGAGGGCAGCAGCAGCCUGUGUGAGGGAUUGUGACAAUGACUGGCCAACACUGCUGGGGAUACGGGGAGGAAGACGGUCCAUCCGAAUGGCACCGUUACUUCCCAAUUGCAGAGGGGAACCGCCAAUCUCCCAUUAACAUAGUCUCCAAUCAAGCUGUGUUUAACCCUAGUCUAAAACCUCUAGUUUUUGUCUACGAUCAGUGCACAUCCAUUAACCUGUCAAACAAUGGGCAUUCUGUUAUGGUGGAAUUUGAUGACAAUGAUGACAAGACAGUGAUAAGCGGAGGCCCACUAGAGGGGUCAUACAGACUGAAGCAAUUUCACUUUCACUGGGGAACCCAACGCAACAGUGGGUCAGAACAUACUGUGGAUGGGAAGCCUUAUCCCUGUGAGCUUCACUUGGUGCACUGGAACGCUAGAGCGUAUUCCUCUUUCGGAGAAGCAGCUGCAGCGCCAGAUGGUUUGGUGGUAAUUGGUGUUUUUCUGGAAACUGGUGGACAACACCCAGGCCUCAACAGACUUACAGACGCCUUGUACAUGGUGAAAUUUAAGGGAACCAAAACACAAUUUGAUGACUUUAAUCCAAGAUGUCUGCUGCCUUCGAGCUUUGAAUACUGGACCUACCCUGGAUCUCUCACAACUCCCCCUCUGAAUGAAAGUGUAAUAUGGGUUGUCCUGAAAGAACCAAUUAAGGUGUCUGAAAAACAGAUGGAGAAAUUCAGAAAAACUGUGCUGUUUUCAGGGGAAGAAGAAGAGCAACGGGUUCACAUGGUGAACAAUUACCGCCCACCCCAACCACUUAAUGGACGACAGGUCCAUGCAUCUUUCAAAUGCUAACAAGAAGGAAUAGAAAACCAGUAAUAUUCAGAGAGCUUCCACACCAGCAAAGACCAAAUCCAUUGCCUAAAUGGAUCAGGGGUGCCCUUUUUAUAGAGCAUAUGGGGAAUGUGGGAUAGAUGUUCAUUUUUCAAAGACUGCAAAGUACCUCACCUGUUGAAUAAGGACAUGAGGGUUAGUUAUAUGAGUGACAAGCUAAGCCCGAGACUGUGUACCCACAUACUACUGUAUCAUUGACUCCUGCCCACUAGUCUUUUAGAAAUGAAUGGGUAUGAAUAAAAUUACUUUUUUAACUAAUUAGCAAUUAACUGAAAUUAAGGGGGAAUUAAGCCCUGAAAAAAAACUUAAAUGAGAAGGAAAGGCUGUAUUUACUUGGGGGUGCCAAAAGUUAGGCACCCUUGAAACCCCGGCCUGUGCUCCUAUCAGCAGA